AUGUUAUCAAUACAGUCCACAACGUAUGUAGGACUGUCUUUCAGUAGUAGCGAUUCUGCGUUCUCAAGGUUGAAGAGCGUAUUAAUUGCCUCGAUCUCACACCAAGGCGCAAUUUGGAGCAAGUGUCUGCGCAAACAAUCAACCUUGGACGUUCCCACAUCUCUACCAAUAGCCACCGAGUGUCUGUUGAGAGAUGAAAGGGUCACCUGGUCAAAGUCAAUAAUUCUGACUUUGGAAACUCCAGACCGAACCAGAGCAGUGACACAGUUGGAUCCAACUCCACCUGCUCCAACAACAACCACAAAUUGGUCUCGCACUUUCUUCAUCCCUUCUUCUCCAAGAAAAACGUAG